GUACUGUAGUCUUUGCUAAGUGUUCUGUAAACAUGGAUUAAAUAUCUUGAACAUUGAACCCGGACUACAGUCUACAACAUCGCGAAUUUGCUACUUGUUUAUUUUUUACUUAUCAAAAGGGCGUCAAAAUGGUUCUCCUUGGUAAAUUAAUUUCUACAGGCACAGUGCCCAAAAUACAUGCACAACUAACUAAUGCGAAGAGCUUUCACAGUAGCAGACUUAAAGGGAAAGUAGCAAUUAUAACUGCAUCGACUGAUGGCAUUGGUUACGCCAUAGCGAAGAGACUGGGAGACGAGGGAGCAUCGGUAAUAAUAAGUAGCAGGAAGGAAGAUAAUGUUAAAAAAGCUACUGAAGAAUUACGCAAAGAUGGAAUUAAUGUAGAAGGGCUAGUAUGCCAUGUCAGUGACGCGGAACAUAGGAAAAGGCUGUUUGAUUUUGCGAAAAGUAAAUAUGGAGGAAUUGACAUCCUGGUUUCCAAUGCAGCAGUAAAUCCUGCCGUUUCGCCGGUGUUGGAGACUGAUGAAAAGGUGUGGGACAAAAUAUUUGAUGUGAAUGUCAAGUGUUCUUGGUUGUUAGCAAAAGAAGUUUACCCAGAGCUGGUCAAACGUGGUGGUGGAAGUAUUGUAUUUGUAGCUUCUAUUGCGGGUUACCAGCCCAUGGAGCCAUUGGGGCCUUAUAGCAUCAGUAAAACAACACUCCUUGGUCUGACCAAGGCAAUUGCGUACGAGGUUACACACGAGAACAUUAGAGUGAAUUGUGUGGCACCAGGUAUUGUUGCUACGAAGUUCGCUUCUGCAAUUACCAGUUCAGACAUGGCAGCAGAGAAAACGUUAUCAAUAGUACCAAUGAAGAGAUUUGGUAAACCUUCAGAAAUUGCCAGUGCAGUUGCAUUUUUGGUAUCAGAAGACGCCAGUUACAUGACUGGUGAAACACUGGUUGUUGCUGGUGGCACAUAUGCCCAUCUUUAAAAGACAAAUAAAAGUGCUCACAAUAAAAAACUAAUAUAAAUCUAUACUAAUAUUAUAAAACUGAAGAGUUUGUUUGUUUGGUUGGUUGACCGCGUUAAUCUCAGGAACUACUGGUCCGAUUUGAACAAUUCUUUCACUGUUAGAUAGCCUAUUUAUUGAGGAAGGCUAUAGGCUAUAUAUUAUCCCCAUAUUCCGACGGGAACGGGAACCACGAGGGUGAUACCGCGCGGCGUCAGCCAUAAUAUAAUAUAAGUGUUAAGGUGUACAACAACAUAUACGACAAUGCCAAAAGUUUUAUGAAACUAAAAUAUCUGUACUAAAGCAAUACUCGAUGUGCACUGUUUACCAAGAAACAAAUGAAAUGAAGGUAGAAAAUGCAUGCCAUUUUAUAGCUUACUUAUUUUAAAUGAUAUUGUUAUAUUUUUUUUAUAUAAUGUUAUUCGAAAUAUCUUGUGCAUUCGAAUCCCACUUCUGACACCAUGUUUAUUGGACAAGCAAAAGAGACUUAUGCAAUAUAGUUAGAAUAGAUAUUACAUAGACAAAAUAUAGAUAUUAAAUUCAAAAACAAAUAGACAUUAUAUAACAUUGAUCUAAGCUUAUUAAUCAAAUUUAUUUUCAAUAAUUUAGAAAUAGAUUAAUUAUAAUUAUUAUUAGAUGUGAAAUAACUAGCGAUUUAUACUCUCAUUUUUAAUUUGUUUGAUGGUAAACAGUACACACUGAGUAUGGCUUUAACAUACCUAUAAUAUGUUUUUCUUGUUUUAUACAUAGUUUAUCAGCUCAAACAUGGCAGCAGAAAAAUCUUUAUCAAUAGUACCAAUGAAUAUUUGGUAGACCUUCAGAAAUUAAUUGAAACCUGAAUUUUCAGAAGAUGCCAGUUACAUAACUGGUAAAAUAUUGAUUGUACCUAUAAAGACAUAACUUUAAAAUACUCAUCUUAUAAGACAUAGAUUGUAAUGAAUCUAUAUGUACUGGAAAAAAUAUGUUUAGUAGAUAACGCUAGAAUUAAAUCAGGUUCAGAAUUUCUGAAGAAUUCAAGUUAUUUUAAAAUAUUCUUUUCACACACAGCUCUGUUUAUAUGUAUGUAUAGGGUCAUGAAUAUGGGUAUCUUUAAGAUUGUUAUAUUUUAUCAUUUGUAAAUAUUGCUUUUUCUUGUUUAAUCAAAUUUUCAUUUAUAUUUUUCUUAUUUUCUUUAUAAUGGUUAAUAAAUAAAAUGUUUUAUACUUUAA